AGUUCCAUAGCCAUUCUGGCUCAAGCGAGCGGGCCGCAGGGCUCCGCCCCCGCGCCGCAAUAUGGCCGCGGCGCGGGGUUGCGCGUCAGGCCCGCGCCGUCGGCGACCAGGGGCGCACUGCGCGCCCAGGUUCGCGGCGCUGGCGCUGGCCGCCGCCUGGGGCUGCGCUUGCUUGGCACGGCGGGGCUCAUCGGGCUUCGUCGCUGGCGCUGCGGCGCCGCGAACGCCCAGGCCAGCGACUCGCCCGCGGACCUUCCGCCGCUUUUACGGCGACCCGAAGUACGACCAGGAGUGGAAGAACGACCCCACCGACCCUCGGUGGGACAAGGAAAAGCGCGAGUUCGAGUGGUUCUUCACGACGGGGCAGUUCAAGGAUAGGGACCUCAAGCUCACGGACUUGCCGAGGCCUGGCGGCGAGGCUCUCAAGGACUUCUGGAACACGAUGUACGAGAAGGGCGUUCUGUUUGCCCUGCUCCAGUCCGUGUUCACAAUCGUGGCCUUCGCCGCGAUCUUCGAGUACUUGCCAAUCCUCAUCAAUGGCUUCCUGAGAGCCGUGUUCAAGAUCCCGAUUCCAGACGCAGCCGCGUGACGUUCGCCUGCGCCGCCCCGGGAUUCGGCGGCCCGGCCCCUGCGCGGGGAUGGGCCUCCGCCGCCGCCACCUGGAUGGCCACGCUGCCGUGCCGCUCAGUGAUGGGCAGUUUCGUUUCUUCCCGCGCGUAGCAUGUUCCUCGAGCGAGACGGCUGGGCGCUGUGGGUUCCCGACCUCCUCCUGCACACCCUUAUUGCCCCAUCGCUACUGUCAUGAUCGUCUCGGUGUGUUCUGCAGGCCUUCUUGUUGUACCGUUCACAUUCGCGCCCUUUCGAGCCAGACCUGUGAAUCUCGCUGGCGUCGGCGCAAAAACACAUAUUUUUUGUUUUGCCGCAGUUCUUUGCGUUUGUGGACCGUCUCUGGGCCAUGGGACCAUCAGAAAAUGGUGCGCGUGGAAAAUACGGAC